UGUGACACCCAUGGAGACAGUUACAAGGAACAAGAUUUGCUCGUGGAUUUGAAAAGAAACGAGACUUUAUGUACCGAAUUCAUUUUGGUACAAAAUGCCUCCGACUCUCUUCCAGAAACUUUUUAACAAGAGAAAUGCGUUUUCGUCGCCGCCCCCAAGGUGCAGCAAAGAGGACCCAGCUUUCAGUUGGCCACUUCCUCAGUUGGAGCCCAGUCAGAUCAGGCUGAUAGUGUACCAGGACUGCGAGAGACGUGGCAGAAAUGUCCUUUUUGACUCCACUGCCAAAAAAAGGGCCACGGAGGAAACCCCCAUUACUAGUGCUGAGACCCAGGUCAAGAUGUUUGGGAAGUGUUGCCAGCUCCGUCCUACAGGAGGUAGUAGCAGUUCCCUUGACAGCUCCUCGUCCUGCACUUCAGAAACCAAGGAAUCCAAGGAGCAAGGCCUCCGCUUCCAGGUAACACAGGGUUCAAGGUGUUCGUCUGAUGUGGUAAUGCUGGGUGAAAUGAUGUUUGGCUCUGUGGCCAUGAGCUACAAAGGCUCCACACUCAAAAUCCACCAGAUCAGAUCGCCACCUCAGCUGAUGCUGAGUAAGGUCUUCACCGCCAGGACGGGAGGCAGUGUGUACGGCAGCCUCAACACGUUGCAGGACAGUCUGGAGUUCAUUGGACAGGACAACAACACCCUAAAGCCUGAUCAAAACACUGGACCCAACAGUCUGCUAGGGAACAUAGGAUUUUCUCAGCUCUGCAGCCCUCGACGGGCCUUCUCUGAACAAGGCCCUCUACGCCUCAUCAAGAGCGCUUCUUUCUUUUCAGGCCACAGUCAUCCAAUGGACAUGCCUGGCCGAGGGCUGUACGAUGAGAGGGACAGUGGCAUCGCCAGAUCUGCUUCUCUGAGCAGCCUGUUGAUCACUCCCUUCCCGUCUCCAAGUUCAUCCUUGAACAGCAGCUGUGCGUCCAGCUACCAGCGCCGGUGGCUCCGCAGUCAGACCACCAGCCUAGAAAAUGGUGUCUUCCCCCGAUGGUCGGUGGAGGAAAGCUUCAACAUGUCCGAUGAAAGCGGCGGUCCAAGCCUAGGUGUGAUUCGGAAGAAGAAGAUAGCCAUAGGGGUCAUCUUCACACUGUCCCCCAACGCUGAAGAAAACAGCCGCUUCCAAGAUUUCUUCUUCUCCCACUUUCCUCUCUUUGAAAGCCACAUGAACAAACUCAAGAGCGCAAUUGAGCAGGCCAUGAAGAUGAGUCGGCGGUCAGCUGAUGCCAGCCAGAGGGCUCUGGCUUACAGCCGAAUAGUGGAGGGACUCAACGAGUUCAGGAUGACCAUCUGCGACCUCUACACCAUGCCCCGGGUGGCUGAACCUGUUUGGUUGACUAUGAUGUCUGGAGCAUCAGAGAAGAACCAGCUCUGCGGUCACUUCAUGAGGGAGCUUUCUCUGCUGAUGGAGCAGGCCUCCAAGAACCAAUUCCUUCCUGCACUAUUGACAGCCAUCCUGACCAACCAUCUGGCUUGGGUGCCCACCGUUAUGCCAAAUGGGCAGCCUCCAAUCAAGAUCUUCCUUGAAAAACACUCCUCCCAGAGCGUCGACAUGCUGGCAAAGACGCACCCCUACAAUCCUCUGUGGGCACAGCUAGGAGACCUGUACGGAGCCAUUGGCUCCCCAGUUCGGCUGUCAAAGACUGUGGUAGUUGGCCGCAGACAGGAGUUUGUCCAGAGACUCCUCUAUGUCCUCACCUACUUCAUUCGCUGCUCAGAGCUGCUGGAGACCCAUAUGCUGGACAGUGCUGAGGAUGAGGCCAUUGUCAUGCCCGGUUCCCUCAUAACUACCUCCCUUAGAAAGGGAGAGGUGGAGGAGUCAGAUUAUGUUCUGGUUACCGUCCAUAAACCCAGCGGAGACUACCUGUCCCAAGGGGCCCACAGUCAGCAGACUGAAAUAGAAGAUAGCAUAUACCCUUCAGACAACAGCCUCCAAAGCAGCACAUACACAGACAAUGAGGUGGAGCAUAGUACUGAAGGUCCACCCAAUGAGGAAGAGGAGGAUGAGGAGGAUGAGGAAGACAGCAGUGAGAGCCAAGGAUCAAGGAGCAGUGUGCUUCAAGCGGGACACAGCCAGGGCACAAUUCCCGUUAACAGGACUGCUGAAGUCGCUGAACCCAGGAAUGUGUGCAAGGAGUCUAGCAGUCCACUGGUCAUAGUGGCUCGAGUGGAGACAAUGCUGCAUGUUGGCUUGGCUUCCACCAGGGAGCAGGUCUAUGUGCUGAAUACAGAGACCAAGGGCAACCUAAAACCUGUUGAUCCAUCCAUCCCCGUGACCUUUGCUUCGGAUCCAUCCCCACCUUUUGCCACAGAAAGUAAAAACUGUGGGGUAGAUGAUACAAUUAAUGCAGCAUCUGGAAACCAGACCACUAAAGUGCUGGCUUCUCGGCCUUUGGGAAUGCCUUUGGAGAAGAAGCCCCCAGAUAAGAACCUGGUGAUACCAGGAAACACUGUGACAGGGCCCAUGGCUUUGACGCUACCAGAAGAGGAAGAGCCAGCAACAAAAGUCACUUUCCUCAUUGGAGAUUCCAUGUCUCCUGAAUCAGACACAGAGAGCCGCGGAAGGAAGGUGGAGGAGGACUUCAGAAAGCACAAGAAACACAUGCAGCAGCUUCAUCAGCCAUCACAGCAUCAACAAGGACAGCAUUAUCAGCCACAGCCGCUACAGAGAGCAGAUUUAAAGACCAGCAGCACCAGAAUGACCGAGGACCAAACCAGACAGACCAAGGCAGCUCCAGCCCUGCAGCGGGUACCUAGCAAGAUUUCGCAGUGGAACGUGAACUGUGGGGAUGAAUUUGAUGAGUAUUUCAGCUUGGAGAACCCUGUGGAGACUAGGACUAUAGAUGAUGUUGCCAAACAUAAGGUCAGUAUGAACAAGGACUCAUUGAACCCUUUGGUUGUUCCCCAACAUCAUGAACUGAGGGGUCAUGACUUUCAGAGUAAGGCCAGGGGUCAGGGUUUGGGCCUCUGCUUAGCUCCAGGUAGUGGAGAGAUGCUGUCAUGCAGGAAGGGAGAGACAUUAUUGGAUCUUGAGAGGAGGUGCAGGUGUGGAUCCACAGACUCUUCUGACAUCUGCUCCUGCAAGGGCUGUCCUGCUGAGCAGGACGGGGAUCUUGUGUUGUCAGUCCCUGUUCCCCAGGAUGGAUCAAGCAACAGCAAAGAGGACCAAAAGCACAAAGCAGCGCCUGUCAACGAAUGGGAAAUACCACGCAACGAGAGCUCAGACAGUGCACUGGGAGACAGCGAGAGUGAAGAGACAGAGGACUGGCAGGAGGAAGUCCUGGUGCCUUUCCCCGGGUCAAAGCUGGUGGAGAACUACUCAAAGCCAAGCAUUGCUAAUUUUGGCCGGUCUCUCUUUGGAGGCUACUGCCCCACCUAUGUGCCAGACUUUGUACUGCAUGGGAUGCCCAAUGACGAGAAGCUACGGCAGAACCUCAUGACUGAAUUAACCCAUGCUGUUCAGCAUCCAGUAUUGGAUGAGCCCAUAGCAGAGGCCGUCUGCAUUAUAGCAGACACAGACAAGUGGACAGUGCAGGUGGCCAGCAGUCAGAGACGAGCCACAGAUGUCAACAAGCUGGGGAAGGAGGUCCUGGUGUCCAGCCUGGUUUCCAGCUUAUUGCAGUCCACUCACCAGCUUUACAAACUCAACGUGUCACCCAACUUUUGUAUAAUGCACCUUGAGGACCGCCUGCAGGAGAUCUACUUUAAGAGCAAGAUGCUUGCUGAGUAUUUGAAGGGCCAGACCAGAGUCCAUGUGAAAGAACUGGGCAUGGUUUUAGGAAUCGAGUCCAGCGACCUCCCCUUGCUAGCUGCAGUGGCCAGCACUCACUCCCCCUAUGUUGCCCAGAUCUUACUAUGAGACUGUACUGGCGCUGAGGUCUCGAACAGUUAGCUUUCCGAGGCCGGUCAGACCUGUGUGGUGCCACUGUGGCCCCAGAAUUCGCCAGCCACACUCUGCUCGCUGCUGACUCCCGACAUGGUUUCCUGACCGUGUGCCUGUGCGGCGCAGGUCUUCAUGGACCACAUACAGAGCUGACACUUAGUCAUUGCAGCUGAAUUUGGAGCAAUGACAAUGUUGCACCACAGGGUGGAGUUAGAGACCACAGAGCUGGAGCGAGGCCCUGCGGAUGAAUGAAGCAUCCCUGAAAUGACCUUCUCCUGUUGUUUGAAUGUUUUUAAAUAGGACUCUUUUCAUUUAGGACACAAAAGCCAAAGACUUUAUUUAUUUAUUUUUUUGUUCAGCUGAAAAUGGAAAUUUCAGAUACCUGUAGUAUAAUAAAACAAUGGAUUUUUGAUUCUUCAUCUGCUUUUUUCCCCCUGUACAAUCUUAAACCUGGACAUAUGAAGUGAUGGAUUACAUGCUUAAAGGAAGUGGAUGGAUGAUUUUAAACUAUACUUCAAGGUAAAUAUCACUUGGAAGAAAACAUUAUCAAUCUCAUGCCAAUUAUGUCUUUUUGUUUAUCAUGACAACUUUGUUUACAAGCCAAGUUUCCCUGAGGUUUUGGUUUUUGGUAAACUGCAGUGCCCACCUGACAUACGUACACAUAAUUUCUUUGUUUUUUUUCUUUUUUUUUAAACUUCUGCAAAUUUGUUUUGAAAUGACGAAAAGUGGCUUUGACAUUCUUAUCAUAGGUACAGCACUACCUCAGAUCUUUAUAUGGGCUGUGGAUGACACACAUUUACAGCUGCCCCAUAGAAAACCCUGAGGUAAACUUUCUAAGCUAUUUUAAUCAGAGAAAUGUCAACUGUGCAGACUCUAUGCUGUGUUCUCUAAAAAGGGAAGGCUGUGUAAUUCCUUAGGAUGAUUCAGUUACAAAAAAAAAAAAAAAGGAAGAAAAAAUUAUUUUUGCGUCAGAAUGUGAUUAAGUGGGGGUCCCUUUAUACUGUGGAAAAGCUAAACCAUGCAUUUACAUCUAUUUUCCAACCAAACAAAAAAAAAAAAAAUGCUGAAAUAUUUUCACACUUUUAUAGCUUUGCCACCUUUAUAUGAUGUUUACGGCAUUGAUGUUUGCAAUGAGAGGAAUAGAGGAACACAGUAGGCCUUAUAGUGGAUAUGUAUAUAUCAGCUAACACUAUUCUCAAGCUUGUUUCUAUUACAGUUAGACUCACAAAAUGCAAAACCAGAGUAGGACAUGUUUUCCUUUUGUUUUUUGACAUGGGCAGAUUUUGGCUGUUAUGUAGUAUAAGCAGGGUGCGAUUUGUUGAGCAUAAAAUAUUCUUAUUCUUCUUUUUUUUUUUUUAAAUGCCAAAUUGAUGGGAAUUGUUUAAAACAUUCACAAACUGCCCAAAUCAGAGAGCGUUUCAGAUAUAUUCUAACCGUAGCAUACUUUUUAUCCAGCAAAUGUGCCUUGAAGGCCGCGGGACAAAUCCUGAACUUCUGCAAAUCUCUUAAGAUUAAAAGAAAUUAAACUGGAUCAUUUGAGCUUGUUAAUGUGAGCACGGUAUAAGUGUACUAUGAGAAUAGUUUCUAUUGCUCGAAAAGCAGCUGAAAGUGGCACUCUAAACCCUGAGAACUGCACAGUGUUUGUGUGUUUAAGCCCAAAUCGCACCCUGGGUAAAACCCAAGUCUUAAUGGAAAAGUGGCAUAAAUGCGUCAGAGGCUACUGGAGAGCUUACUUUGCUGUUAUAAUUGAUAUAUACAUAUAUGCUUGUUACUGUAUUGAAGAUACUCCGCUAUAUCAGCCUACAUUUUUGUACAAACCAGCCAUUAUGUUUAAAGGGUAUGGAUUUAUAUCUCCUUUUCCCUCUUUGUAUAUGGAUAAAUUAUUUAGUUGCCUGUGUUUAAGUGUAACGGUUUGUGUAAACUGUACAUAUUCACUUUAUUUCCAUGUAUUUGUACAGAAUGUCUUUUAAAAUUUGCCUCCUUGAAUUAUUCUUUUCCCAAUUUUAUGGGAAUGUUGUGCAAUAAAGAU